AUGUAUGUUGCACAUCUUCUGGCUCACGUGUGUUCAGUUAAAAAGGAUGCCCAAGUCGAACUGACAUUUUUGUAUCCAAACUUGGUCCAUGACGAUUUCGAUAACAGAGGCACAUGGACUCUCAUUUACAAUCAGGGUUUUGAGGCCACCAUUGCAAAUCGAAAGUGGCUUUUCAUGUUUGCCUUUGAUAACAAAACCGGCGAGUCAAUUUGCGACAAAACGUUGACGGGAUACAGUCACAAUGUCGUGGGUAAACAGUUCUGGCAAUUUGAAGCUGUAAAGAAGGUCCAUUCGGACAAUUUUCUAGGAUUCUCCUACGCUCUGCAGUCUCCGGUGCAACCACUUAAAACUCACCCCUCACUCCAGUCGCUGACUUCUGCAAUAAAUCAAGGGGAAUACUCCUGGACGGCAACCGUUUAUCCUGAUCAACUAAAACUCAGUCAUGAAGAUCUGAUAAGACGAAUGGGUGGCAAAAAUUCCCGACUUCCACGGUAUGUCAAUUAUUAG